UGCUUGUUGCUGCUACAAUGAGGAGCGACAGAGACGGGAUGAGGCAGCAGCUCUGGCCGUGAGACUCACAGUAUCCGAGCAACAGUCCAACAGCUGCACGGCCCACACGGCGCACCCGCUCGACCCCCUCGACCUCGUACGAAACACAAUCAGCAGGCGUCAUGCGGGAGAUCUGCCACCUCCAGGCCGGCCAGUGCGGCAACCAGAUAGGGGGGAAGUUCUGGGAGGUCAUCUCGGACGAGCACGGCAUCGACCCCACGGGGACGUACCACGGCGACUCGGACCUGCAGCUCGAGAGGAUCAACGUGUACUACAAUGAGGCGACAGGGGGCAAGUACGUGCCCCGUGCCGUGCUCGUGGACCUGGAGCCCGGCACCAUGGACUCGGUGCGGUCGGGCCCGUUCGGCCAGAUCUUCCGGCCAGACAACUUCGUGUUCGGCCAGAGCGGCGCGAGCAACAACUGGGCCAAGGGACACUACACGGAGGGCGCCGAGCUCGUGGACUCGGUGCUGGACGUGCUGCGGAAGGAGGCCGAGGGCUGCGACUGCCUGCAGGGCUUCCAGAUGACGCACUCGCUGGGCGGCGGCACCGGCUCGGGCAUGGGCACGCUCAUCAUCUCCAAGAUCCGCGAGGAGUACCCCGACAGGAUCAUGAUGACGUUCAGCGUCGUGCCGUCGCCAAAGGUGUCCGACGUGGUCGUGGAGCCGUACAACUGCACGCUGUCGGUGCACCAGCUGGUCGAGAACACGGACGAGACGUACUGCAUCGACAACGAGGCCCUGUACGACAUCUGCUUCCGCACGCUCAAGCUCACCACGCCCACCUUCGGCGACCUGAACCACCUCGUGUCCGCCACCAUGUCGGGCGUCACCACCUGCCUGCGCUUCCCGGGCCAGCUCAACUCGGACCUGCGCAAGCUGGCCGUCAACAUGAUCCCCUUCCCCAGGUUGCACUUCUUCAUGCCCGGCUUCGUGCCGCUGACGUCCCGGGGCAGCCAGCAGUACCGCGCGCUCACCGUGCCCGAGCUCACCCAGCAGAUGUUCGACGCCAAGAACAUGAUGACGGCCGUGGACCCGCGGCACGGGCGCUACCUCACCGUCGCCGCCAUGUUCCGGGGCCGCAUGUCCAUGAAGGAGGUGGACGAGCAGAUGCUCAACGUCCAGACCAAGAACAGCAGCUACUUUGUCGAGUGGAUCCCGAACAACAUGAAGGUGGCCGUGUGCGACAUCCCGCCCCGAGGUCUAAAGAUGUCGGCCACCUUCGUGGGAAACACCACAGCCAUCCAGGAGCUGUUCAAGCGCGUGUCAGAGCAGUUCACCGCCAUGUUCAGGAGGAAAGCCUUCUUGCACUGGUACACUGGAGAGGGUAUGGAUGAGAUGGAGUUCACUGAGGCCGAGUCCAACAUGAACGACCUCAUCUCCGAGUACCAGCAGUACCAAGAGGCCACCGCUGAGGAGGAGGGAGACUUUGAGGAGGAAGAGGAGGAAGAAUAGGGGAGUCUGAUUACCAGGGAAGAAAAGCGUAGCCAAAAUACGCUUAACACAACUUCGUAUUUUAUGUUAAUGACAAUGCCUGCAUUGCAGUGCUGCUGUUCCCACAAGUGUAACAGCCUUGUGAAACUAUUUUUCGUCUCGAAAUCGAAUCUGAACUACUAUAUGUAAUUUAAGUUUGAAAAGUGUUGCCCUCAUUAACAUAUCCAAUGAGACGUUUGCAAUGUUACUUAUGCCUGUGUUUUUGCAAUGUCAUGUGUCUGAAAUGCAAUAGUUUCUAAUGAAAAACCUCUUCCAUGCUCUUUCAAUGGAAAAACAACGACAGCAGGGAUGCCUGUGUCCAUGUGUAAACAGCGCAUUAAAAACAUAUCGCUUGUAAAAAAAGGAA